UUUCAGCAACAUGAAGUUCAGCUCCAGGGCCAUGUGCUGUUCCGCCCCUAUGCCCGAGGACUGGGCCGAAGAUCUCUGCUAUCAGUCCGCGGACUGCGCCGUGGACUGCGACUUUGACGACAGCUUGGAUGUGCCAGAAUGCCGACGGCUCGUGGGACCUGGACCCCCGGCUGGCUGCUGCGCUGGGGGUGAGCGAGACCGACGCCAGGGGGAGGAUGCCCAGUAAGGACGUGCCCCCCGGCGUCUGGGCCACGGUGCUGGCCGUGGUCUGGCUGCACGGCCAGGCCGCGGGGCAGCGCGACGAGUGGGAGCUGCUGGAGGCCAAGGCUGUGGGCUGGGUGCGGGGCCAAGCAGGGCCCCGGCUGAGCGAAUGUCUGGAAGCCGCCAACACCCUGCUGGGCUGCAGCGUUGGCCCUGCUGUCUUCGGGCUCUGAGCCCCCCUGGAUCCCUGUAUCCCUCCACCCCAAGCUACCCAGGGCCUUCUGCCCAGCUGAACCUCCCCAUCCCUAUACCCCACCCCACCCCAGCUACCCUGGGCCUCCAGCCCCGCUAACCCCCCCACAGGGAUCCUAAAUUAAGAGCAGCCAGUUGGUUGCAUAAGUUUAAGGAAAACAGUUAAAACUGACCCAGUCACUUACAGCGGAGGAAGGUGGUUGUGCAGACAGGCCCUUGCUGCUGCGGGCGGAGACUGUCUCUGCCAGCCCCUCGCUGGAAUAAAGCAGUUCCCCCGGUU